AUGUGCAAGGGGGCGCGGCCUGCGGUGCCCUCCAUGGCCCUGCUGCUCCUGGUGUUGGCACGCAGCCCUGCAGCUGAGCUCACUUGCAAGGGGAACACCUAUCCCCACGGGGACAAGUGCUGUCACGAGUGCAAGCCUGGUUAUGGGAUGCAGCGUCGUUGUGACAACUCCCAGGACACUGUGUGUACACCGUGCAAGCCUGGCUCCUACAACAGCGGCUUCAUCUACCAGGCCUGUAGGCCCUGCACUCAAUGCAAUGAAAACAGCGGGAGUGAACGGAAGCAGGUCUGCACAGCCACCCAGGACACCAUCUGCCACUGCAAGCCGGGCACCCAGACUCGACCUGGCUACAGCCCGGGAGUCGACUGCAUCCCCUGCCCUUCGGGAUUCUUCUCUCCAGGCUUCAACCAGGCUUGCAAGCCCUGGACUAACUGCACUGCUGCCGGGAAGCAAACUCAGAAGCCAGCCAGCAACAUGUCCGAUGCCGUCUGCGAGGACAAGAGUCCAUCAGUCACCAUGGCACCUCGGAGCACCCAGCACAUCCUAGCCCUGCCCACCACCACUGAGCCCAGCCCUGCCCAGCCCACAACCUCACAGAGGCCUCCCAGAGUCCCCACAAGCUCCCCCAGAGAUCCUGCACUAGCGGCCAUCAUGGGCGUGGGCGUGGGCGUGGGCCUGCUGGGCCUCACAGCUCUGGUGCUCAUCUUGCUCCUGCAUCGCCAGGCCUGGAAACCUGCCUUGGUUACCCCAAAGCCCCCGGGGGGCAACAGCUUCCGGACCCCCAUCCAAGAGGAGCAUACAGACGAUCAUUCCGUCCUGGCCAAGGUCUGA